AUGGAAGGAGUACAAGGUGGCAUUCCUAGGUCACUUUUUCACAAAGCAGAGAGCAAACUUGUUGAAGAGAAGAUCUCUAGUUUCCAACAAGGGCCGGUGGAGCCUUUUCAUGAAGCAUUGGAGCGCUUCAAGGACUAUACAAGAGAGUGUCCUAACCAUGGACUAUCUGAGGGCAGUCUAUGGAACAUUUUCUACAGAGGAAUAAGUGGGAACCUAGCCAGUGACAAAGCGAGAAGUGACAACUUCAUUGGUCAUGAGAGAGCAGUGGAGAGAGAGAGGGCCAUAAAUUCUGAUCCAUACAGAGAUGGAUACAGCGAGAUCAAAGCCAUGAUGGCUGAGAUACUGAAAACCAAGGAAGAGAAGUGGAGAGACAAAGAGAAGCUUAUAGAGUUGAAUCCACAAUAA